AUGGGCCGCCUGACCUCGCUUUUAGUCUUCGUGGCCUUGUUGGUGGCUGUUUUUGCUCACUCACAUUCUCAUGAAGCUCCUCACUUGAAAUAUGGACGAGAGAUUAAUGAAGCGGUAUGUUUUUGUAAAAUUUUUUUUAAGUUUCUGAGUUUAGGCGGCUCGAGGAGAAGAUACAGUGUCAGGUCAUGGUCAUAGCCACGAACAUGGUCAUUCUCAUGAUCAUGACGACCAUCAUGAUCACGACCAUGAUCACGAACAUCAUGAACAUGCUCAUCAUCACGAUGACCACCAUGAUGAUCACCAACAUCAUCAUGAUGAACAUGCUCAUUCACAUGGUCAUGACGAGCACGGUCAUGCUCACGAGCAUCAUGGACAUGCACAUGAACAUAAGAAGCCUGUUGAUGUUGAUUACAAGUUCUCGGAAACUGGGUAGGUGUUUUUACAUUAUUUUUUAGAUUUUAAGGGUCUGAUGGCUAAAAUAAUAUAGUUUAAUAGAUUUUUGAUGUUUUUUGAAAUUUUCAAGGCUUUUAUGAUAAGUUUUGAAAAUUUUCAGACCAUUGGCUUUCUUGAACGAUCCACAAAAGCGAUUCUGGACCUUUUCUAUUGGAUCUACAGUGCUUAUCAGCUUGUUCCCCUGCUUUAUCUUGACGUUUAUUCCAAUUAACGUAAGUUUUUGGGUGUUUUAGGUACUAAAGAGAUUUUUAAGGGUUGUUUUGUUGUUUUGAAGAAUUUUGUGUUGGUUAAGAUUAUCAUUUUUAAUAUUUUGGCUUGGAAAGAGCUGUUUCAGCUAAAUAAAUAUAAUUUUAGCCAAAUCUACUUAAAUUAUUAUAAUUUCAGUCUAACGAAGAUGAAAACAGCAGCAACAAGCUGAAAGUGUUGCUAGCCUUGGGUGCUGGUGGUUUGUUAGGCGAUGCUUUCUUACAUUUGAUCCCUCAUGCUCAGAUGGCUCAUGGUGAUGGGCAUGGUCAUACUCAUUCUCACUCGCAUGCCUCUGGAGAACCUCACGAACCACAUGAUUUGAGUGUAGGAGGCUGGGUGUUGGGUGGAUUCUUCAUCUUCUUCGUCGUGGAGAAGUUUGUUCGAAUUGUGAGAGGAGAAGGCGGUCACGGUCAUUCUCACGGUCCACGAAAGGAUUCUGGAGAAAAGAAAGGUAAGGAUUCUGAAUUUUAUUGGGAUUUUGGGUAGAGUGGAAGAUGUGAAGGAGGUUUGACGGUGAAAAUGAGGCUUCUGAAGUGUUUUGCGAUAAAGAAUGACAUUCAGGAACUUCCUAUAUCUAAAAUAUUGCUUUAAAAGUUUGCCACACUUCAGAAUCUUUCGUUAACCUCAAUUUCUUCAGCUCAGCACGAUAAGAAGCCGGCGUCCAAGAAAGACAAAACUUCAGACACAGAACAUUCAGAAGAAGACGACAAGAAGCACCAUGAACAACAUCGUGCUGCUGUCGAAGCUGCCCGACUUCAAAUCGCUGCCUAUUUGAACCUGAUCGCCGACUUUAUGCACAACUUCACUGAUGGUUUGGCCAUCGGAGCGUCGUUUGUGGCCGGAGAGAAGGUUGGCAUCAGUAAGUUUUGGCGUUUUUUGUUAGAAAUAAGGAUUUAUUUUUUUAAUUAAGAAUUUUUUAAAUUAUUUUUAUUGGAAAAAUUUAUGACUGAUGGGGAAAAUGUCUGAUAAAAUAUCAUUUUAGUUACCAUGAUCACAGUACUGAUCCACGAAAUCCCGCAUGAAAUUGGAGAUUUUGCCAUUUUGGUUCAAUCAGGAUACUCCAAAAGGAAGGUAAGGCUUUAUCGAACUGAAAAAUAGCAAGAACUUUCUUUACAAAUUGAAAAAUGGCAAGAACUUUCUUUACAAAUCAAAAAAUGGCACUAACUUUUUUGCAAUACAAAAAAUGGCAAAAACUUUCUUUACAACGUAUAAGAUGACAAAGUUUAUAUUAGGUAUGUUAUAAACUGUCAAAAACUUUGUUUCCACCCAGUGUUCCCCGAACUUUUUAUAAUCAAGCGCACCGUUGCUUAACUUGCCAGAUCGGACGGGACCGCACUUUCGCACUGUGCAAACAAGGCAAAUUGCGCUGCACGGUGCAGAAAUUAACUUUUUGGCAAUGACUUUGUUUACAAUGAUAGAAAAUGGGAUUUUUUAAUUUUUUUUUGAGAUUUGGCAAGGAUUUUCUUUACAAAUUUAUAACAAUGUCUUUCCAGGCCAUGCUGAUCCAACUCUUAACAGCCAUUGGAGCCCUAGCUGGCUGUUUCAUCGCCUGUGCCUCUUCAGAUCCAUUCUCCUUGGCCGAACAAGCUCAAUCUUCAUGGGUAUUGCCAUUCACAGCUGGUGGAUUCAUCUACAUCGCCGCAGUGUCAGUCAUCCCAGAACUGUUGGAAAAAAGUUCUUUUUUGUUGAGCAUUGCCGAGGUUUUGGCUAUGACAUUGGGCGUAUUUGCCAUGUAUUUGAUUGCUUUGUAUGAAUAG